AGGUAUGUCGGGGUAUUACUAUAAUAUUCUGUCAACAUUCCGAUGUUGCCAGCUAUAGCUGAACGUGACACGGCUCUGAAUACUUGAAAGCACCGCCAGCUGACAAUUGGCGGCCCUGCGAGGGCGCCGGCCACUCCUGUCGGGAUUCAGCUGAGGUCAGCAGACUGAGCGGGGAGUGCUGUUCGAGCUAUUAGUAUACGUUGCUGACGGCAUUGCUUCCAGUUCCAGUGUUGUGUGCCAGCAUCAGUCCAUGUGGAAGAAACAUACGGCACGUCGUUGGGAGAGAAAAAGUCGCCGGUUUGCUAGCUGCAAGGCACGAGCUCUGCAGACGCUUUCCAGGGAGUUCUUGCCCUUCAACCUCCCCCAGAUACGUUUCACUUUGGAGCUGAUGAUCCACCAGCUUUGGUCUAGAUCAUCAGGUGGGAUUUCCACCAGCUCUUUUUCCAUUCCGCUUCUCUUCCCAGAGAUCCGUCGGAAAGUUCCUCUGAGCUCGAGAACCCCUUCACAUGACAGCACAGCUUCCGGCGACGGCGCUGAGCGUGAGGAAAACUAGAAUGGCGUGGCUCUUGGCCGCGCUGUGCGCUCUUUUGGCGGUCCCUGUCAUGGGCUCAAGCCUGGAGAACGGCAAUUCCCGUAAGCUCCUACAAGCCGCCUGCGAUCCUUCCUCUGCCACCCCAAACACCUGUUACAACGCUGAUGGCAGCCAGUUCGUCUGCUGUGCCGGGCAAUGUGGCAACAACCCAGGGGCCGUUGUGUCUUGCCCGGGGGGGUCAAAUCCCCCCCCGACCAGUGGGCCGACCAACCCCCCCCCGACGAGCGGGCCGACUAACCCCCCCCAAACAAGUGGGCCCACCAACCCCCCCCCAACAAGUGGGCCAAUAAGCGGGACCCCGAUUUUCAACACUGGUGCCAACGUGAACUGCUUCACAGACUACCCAUCUGCCCCUAACGCCUGUUACAGCUCUGACGGCAGCAAGUUUGCCUGCUGCACCGGAACGUGUUCCGGCACCCCAAGCGACACGCCUUUCUGUCCGGGGGGUGGCCCCACAAAUGCCCCCCCCACAAGUGCGCCCACAACUGCCCCCACGACUGCCCCCACAACCAACCCCCCCACAAACGCACCCACCAGCGGCUCCCCUUCUUCGUCCCCGGUUUUCAACACGGGCGCCAACGUCAACUGCUUCACGGACUUCCCGGCGUCGCCAAACCCGUGCUACGGAUCCGACGGCUCCAAGUUCAUCUGCUGCUCCGGGGUAUGCUCCUCCUCCCCCGGCACCACUCCCUCCUGCCCCGGGGGAUCCCCCGGUGUCCCAAACCCGACCCCAAACCCGACCCCAAACCCGACCCCAAACCCGACUCCGACCUCAGCGCCCCCGGACGCUUCUUGUGUCGAAACCACGGGGGCCGCGUGCGGCAACCCCCCCCCAACGGGAUUCGUCGGCAAUGAAAACUUCCCGCCCCCUAGUUCCGCUGGGCGUAAUCUAAUCACCCCCCUGCCGGACAAGCCGUACAAGACCCCCACGUCCACGCGACCGUCAGCUUCCGGGGGGGGCCAGUCUGGCACUGGCGUCGCUAACCCGAACACCCCCCAGAACAGCGCCGGCGGGGGCACUGUCGCCGGCAAGCAAGUCACCAACAGCUACUUCUACCUGCCGUCGCCGUUUGCCACGUCGGCAGGCGGAUCGGCCGCCACGUGUACGGUGAUCGGCACGAGCAACAGCCCGCCAGUGGUCUCGGUCGGCAUUUCGGACGACCAGGCGUUCUUCCGGACGCUCGAGCACACGUCCGCGUGCGGGGACGGCGCCCAGUGGAAGAUCCGGAUCGGAACGGGGGGGCAGAUCUACUACCUCUCGUCAACCAGCAACGGCUUCAACGGUGCCAAUCUGAUCGGCCCCGCGGCAGCUUCGUUCGCCGCGUUUACGGACCGCGUCAUCCAGAGCAUAGCUUAUAACACCGGCCUCAGCAACGCUUUGUGCGGUAACCCUCCGGUUCCUUGUGAGUGGAACUUCCAUCAGGCGGGCGGAAACGGACCGACCUAUGCUCCGCUGCUCGGCAACCAAGUCUCCCCCGGGGGAGACGGGGUGGCGCUCCUUUCGUGGCCCCGACCGGAAUUCACCGGAAUCGAUUUCGGUGGCGACAAGCGGUACCGCUCAAACCUGUACCUCCAAACCUGGAUCCGCGACGUGGGUCAGGGCUCGUUUGAGCUAACCUGGAUCUGGACCAACGUGGGCACUGUGCCCGUGGACUACAUCGACCUGCCGUGGCAGGGCCUGGGUUACUGCCCCGACCUGACCCACUACGCCCUUUCGGUGCCCACCAGCAGAAUCUCGCCCGACACGGGCUGCCCCGGCGGAUGCAAGUACUACAACCACGCGAGCUGCCCCACCGAGCAGUGCUGGAACUACGCCUACCCGGGGGAAGGCACCGGGGACCAGGGCCUCUUCAACUGCGGCACCCAGACCAACGGCUGGAUGGCCUUCGCCUCCGCCAACUGCCCGCUCGCGCGCGCGCUCGGCGUCAUGUUCGCGCCCAAAUCGCCCUUCGAGGGGGGUCCCUCCAACUUCGGGUGCGAGGUCCGGUUCGGCAAGUUCCUGGACCCGAACACGGUCUAUGGGAACAUUCUCGAGACCAUCAAGCGGCCGGUUGGAAUCCCCGCCAACGGAGGCACGUUGGAGUUCCGUUAUUAUAUUACCGCGGGGGCGACCCUUGCGGCCGUGGCCACGCAGGCGGGUCGCCUGCAAGGGUUCGUCAAGGAGAACAUCCUGACCUACAGCGCAGCAAGCGUCGGCCUGAUCCAGGCCCAGAGCAAGGUCCCCCCCUCCGUCUCCUUCCAGACCCUCGACUGGUACGCCCUCGACAAAGUCACCGCUGGGGGAGUCCCCCUACUCAUCGCCCAGCACAAAUCCACCGGGGUUACCGUCAUAACCAGCUCCCCCUACGUCUUCUCCUGCUGCACCCCCUCUGGUCCGGGCGCGCAAACCUGCACCUUAACCACCUGCGUUGAGCCGCUUUCCAACACUAACUACCUGGGUUUCAUCGGGUGGGGGGUUAGCGCUGACGUGGCGAGCCCGUCCCCCCCCGCGGGGCUGACGAACGCCGUCCUGCUGUCGUCACUGCUGCCGUCAGCGCAAUUCUUCGACCCGCAGCAUCCCGACACGGAGAUCCAGAGGGAUGUCUACGUCGUCAAGGCGUGAGCGAACACGUGGCGGCACAAGAGAAUAAGAAAAGUACACGUGGCAGAAUAAGAGUGCUUUCCGGCCGGCGAAGAGGCUUGCGAACAGGAGGUGUCAGCUUGCUAGAGCGACGUCAUUGCGACGUCAGCGGGAGACCACCGAUUCCAAGUGUUCAUGGGAGCACGAGAAAGCAGUUCGUGGAGGUUAUAAUCAGGUCCUAUUAUUCGAGCCACGGGCGGAAACGAUUCCGUUCCGGUCCUUACAGAUGAGGAUAACUUAUUGGGUGGAGUUUGAUUGAGUUUGGAGAGAAGCAACAACCCCUGGGGCCAACUGGGAGGGGGCAGUAGUAUUAUAUAGACCUUGACAGUAGAGGGUAAGAAAUAGACUACGUGUGUAUUUGCUUGGAAACGAUUACCGAGAUGUCUACGCAUCAGCCAACUUACCGUCGAUUACCGUCCACCUGUAUUUCUAAGAGUGACAUUCUCCGUACUGUGAAGUUCGUUUACUGUCAACCGAGAUAGCGAUCCAAUGGUUUUGACAUACAAGUCACAGUUUUGGUAGUAUUUACGUCCGAGUGCAACUUGAAGAAAAUACUUUGAUCCCACCCAACCAGCCGACAAAUUCAUAGUUCGACUGGUAAAGACACCCAACAUGAUUGUGUUCGACUCUGGAGUCACUCUUUAGCGUUAUAAAUUUUGUUUUAUUGUUUCUGAUAAGAGACACCAAUUUGAG